UGCUCCAGCCCGUCGGACAGCUCCGUGCGCCUCCUCUCCGGCGGACCACCAGCAGCUGGCCGGGCUGCUGUCCAGGAUGACAGGCAACCUGUCCCUGUGGGGUUCCACGCCGGCCUCCUCCCCUCUGAACUCCUCUGCCCCGCCCCCCUGGGAGGCUCCGUCCUUCACCGCGGCCGCCCGCUGCCGGGUGGCGGCCACCGUGGUGCUGUUCGUCUUCGCGGCUGCCAGCAACCUCUCGGUCCUGAUCAGUGUGUGCUGGGGGCGGGGCUAUCGCUUGGCAGCACACCUCCGCCCGAUCAUCGCGAGUUUGGCGUCGGCCGACCUGGUGAUGACCUUCGUGGUGAUGCCGCUGGACGCCGUCUGGAACAUCACGGUGCAGUGGUAUGCCGGGGACAUCAUGUGUAAGCUGCUGUGCUUCCUCAAGCUGUUCGCCAUGCACUCCGCCUCCUUCAUCCUGGUGGUGGUGAGUGUGGACCGCUACUGGGCCAUCCUGCACCCUCUGGACUCUCUGGAUGCGGGCCUGAGGAACAAGCGCAUGCUGCUGGUGGCCUGGACCCUGAGCCUGCUGCUGGCCUCGCCACAGCUGUUCAUCUUUCGCACCAUUAAAGCCGACGGCGUGGACUUCACGCAGUGUGUGACUCACGGGAGCUUCCGGUACCCGUGGCAGAAGACGGCCUACAACAUGUUCCACUUUGUGACGCUGUACGUCUUCCCCCUGCUGGUCAUGACCUUCUGCUACACCCGCAUCCUCAUCAAGGUCAACGGGAAGAUGGCCAAGGGAAAAGAUGGGGAGCUCUGUCUGAGACGCAGUGGAGCCGACAUGAUAUCCAGAGCUCGGAUCAAGACCCUGAAGAUGACCAUCGUGAUCGUCAGCUCCUUCGUCAUCUGCUGGACCCCCUACUACCUCCUGGGGAUCUGGUACUGGUUCCAGCCGGCCAUCAUCCAGCGCACACCGGAGUACGUGCACCACAUCCUGUUUGUCUUCGGCAACCUGAAUACGUGCUGCGACCCGGUCAUCUACAGCUUCUACACGCCGUCCUUCCGGGCCGACAUUGCCGACGUGGUGGCGUGUUGCCGCGGGCGCCGCAGCAGCACCGCCUCCCCGAGCUCGGUGGACCGGCUGUCCGUACGGCGAGCCGGAGCCGCCGUGGAGAUGGAGUCUGACGUGAGCUCCAACCAGCACAGCGGGAACCCCAGUUAG